AUGGGCAUUCCAUACUCGAGACAGAUACACUCGGCCUUUGACCAGGUGACGCCGCUGGUGGCCGCGGGUUUCGAAGUGCUCAGGACGACCAAGAAUAUCGCCAUCUUCUUGGCAUGUCUUCAGGUCUUUGUGGCUCUGGUACUCUCACUUCAGCUCUGCGCUCUACUGGGCCUAAUAAUCACAGUGAGUCCAGACCUAGAGCCGGAACGCGCGCAGCUCGUGACGCCCAUUGUCCGGUGGCUGGCUGCCUGGGUGCUCGAAUACGGAGGCGUGAUACUUUGGAUCCUCAAAUUCUCCAUCGUGGCAGGCACCGCGACGAUGGGCGUCUUGGUCUGGAUUGGCGGGCUGGCGGGGACGAGGGUGCCGGGCGAAGGCAGUGGGGAUGGGGCCGGGGAGGGGGAUGACAAGGAGGGAGUGGUCGGCGAUGGCUGA